GGCCAAUGGGAAAGCGCGCUCCGCCAUCUCUGCGCGACUGGCGCAAACAUCGCGACUUGGGAGGGGGAAGGGGAGACUGGCUCGUUUCGGCCGCGGCCGAAAUUUGUCUCGCAGCCGUCGCCAUGUUUAGAAGUGUGUACGCGUCCUUGGGCGUGCGGUGUGACAAUGUAUCGUAAAAUAUUAGAUAUAUCUCAUGCGUCGUAUGUUACGUGAGGUACCCAAUUGCGAGUUGACCCACGCGGAUCACGGGCGUGACGACCGUUUCCGUGGAUGGCGCACCUACGUCGCGGAAAUUUGUGAUUACAUUAUGCAUAACGUGCAAUGAGUGAUAAGCAAGGUGCACCUAUUUUACCACCCCUUAAUCGGGGUGCGGCUAAUAAUGGAGGUGCAGCUCAACAGACUGUCAGUCUGCAGCAAGUUCUCGCUACUCAAGGCCUCAAUGUGCUCUCUACUAGUAGCGGGCAACAGUUUGUUAUUACAAGUCAAGUUCCUGGUCUUACGCAGGUCAUACCAAAUAACAUCACAACUAACGCGAGUGGAACGCAACAAGUCGGCGUCACGAGGAUCGUUAACAUUGCGGGGACGCCACCGCGUAACACGGCAGGAUUGGUGGCCGGAAAUGUCAGUGUUGCUGGUACAUCGCCGGUCGCGUCGCGGCCACAGAAUUCCACCAAGGUAGUAUUAGCGACGUCACCGAAGCUCGUACGCACCUCAUUAAGCAACAUGUUCGCGACACCGAUGUCAUCGCAAACGUCAUCGCCGCAGACGCGGGUGCAAUCACCGUCGCCGCCGGCGAGAAAGCGAUUGAAAUUAUCGGAGACGACGGAGAAAGCGGUUGCGUUCGAUAGCAGUGGCUACCGUAGACGAAUAUUGGAGCACAAGAUACGGCGGAUGCGCAUCGUACGCGAGAAAUACGUUGAGAAUGUGUCGGAGCUGUUCUUUUUGCACAUCGGCGGAAACAUGAUGGACUACCCCAGUUGGCAGAAACGGCCCCCGACGCCGCAAUAUUUGCACUUUUUACGUCAGCAUCCGCUUGAUCCAGACGAUGAUGACGAGGAUUUGACAGCGCCGUUGUCAUCAGAUUUCUCGCAGUUGUCUACCGUUACUACUGUUGCCACUGCUACCGUCGCUGCUGUUAUUACCACCGCUGCUGUCACUGCUACCGUUGCAACCGUUACCACCGGUUCUACGAUGGUACAAAUCCCAAAUCAAAGUGCGGAAGUUAAGAUCUCCGGUGCAGGUGUCACGCCAGUAGCACUUUCCACUACCCUGCCUGCUGCGGCUUUAGCUCAGCUCACCCAACAAGGACAAGUACCAGGUAGGCCUCAAGGGGGCCGCCAUGGCAUGGUAUUUGCCUUCCGAGCGGCAAUCCAGUCUUCACCGUCAGUCACCGUUCAUCCUCCAUCCGCUUCUACUCUAGCACCUACGCUCAUUAUAGGUGGAACACCGGUGGUUACGGAACCGUCGAAGCCAGCGAUCACGAUCACUGCUCCGAGUCCGGUGAUAGAAAAGCCAUCGUCAUCGAUAACUACCACCGUCACCCCGAAAACGCCUACGACAACCACUGCGCUCAAUAACCCCCAGCCUGUCGUUAAACUUGUUAAGUUGUCUACACCUACUACCAUAGUUACUUCCUGUGAUAUUACGAACAAUCAGGAGCAAAUUGUAGAAAAGGCUAAACAGGAGGCAUACGUGAUGCAGAGGAUCGCUGAGUUGCAACGUGAGGGAUUAUGGUCAGAGCGGCGAUUACCUAAAGUGCAGGAACCGGCUCGAACCAAAGCUCAUUGGGAUUAUUUGCUGGAAGAAAUGGUAUGGUUGGCUGCCGACUUUGCCCAGGAGCGCAAAUGGAAGAAGGCUGCAGCGAAAAAAUGUGCGCGAAUGGUGCAAAAGUACUUUCAGGAGAAGGCGAUUCAGGCGCAGAAGGCUGAGAAAUCGCAGGAACUUCGAUUGAAAAAGAUUGCUAGCUUCGUCGCCAAGGAAAUUAAAACCUUUUGGACGAAUGUUGAAAAGUUGGUGGAAUAUAAGCAGCAAACGAGGCUGGAAGAAAAACGAAAAAAGGCGUUAGAUCAGCAUUUGAACUUCAUUGUGGGUCAAACAGAAAAAUAUUCCACAUGGCUGACAGAGGGUCUUAAUAAGACCGAUGGUUCACAAAGUAUUCCAGCUUCCAUAAAUAGUUCGCGCAUCUCUUCACCAGUUCCACAAGGAAAAUGUCAUUCCGAUGAGGAAUUCCAGCCAAAUCAGAGUUCAGAUGAUGAUGAGGAGACUAUAGCUAAGGCCGAAGAGGAAAUGAAAUUAACGACCAAUCACAAAGAGGAAGUGGAAUUAUUGAAGAGGGAAUCGGAAAUACCUUUGGAAGAUCUUCUGAAAGACUUGCCACCAGACUAUUUGGAGGAUUGCAACAAAAGCUUAUCACCACAUAAUGCAACAAACGAAGAGGAGCAAAAUGACAACAAGGAAGCAGCUGACGCGGAUGCAGAUUUUGUCGCGGCAUCUGGUGAAUCCUCGGACGAAGAAGAUACUAUCAUGGAAGAAGAGAAACUUGAGGGAGAAAUCGAUCAUAAACGGGAACUUGAUGAGCUUAAGGCUGACAACGAAAUGUCUAUUGAAGAACUUGCGGCUAAAUAUGCAAAUAUGUCGGACAUGGAUGUAGAUGUGGACGUGGAAGUUGAAGGUACAGAUAAAGAAAACAGUGACAAGGAAGUGGCUCCGGAAACCGAAGAUCAAACAACUAGUAGCGAGAACGAGAGUGAAGAGAGUGAUCGCGAGAGUGACGAGGAAGAGGUUCGGACUCAGAGCGAUGCCGAGGCAGAUGUGGGACUUCAAUCUCUCCUUGAAGAUCCAUCCGAAAAACAAUUGGACAGGAUUUCAGACGAUCAUUCAGACGCUCGUAACGAGAUGGAUAACGUCGCCGCGUUAGCCGAGAGCAUCCAGCCUAAGGGAAAUACAUUGCUCACCACUAGUGUUGUCACUAAAAUACCCUUUCUUUUAAAACACUCCCUUCGCGAGUAUCAGCAUAUAGGAUUGGAUUGGCUUGUUACUAUGUACGAUAGAAAAUUAAAUGGCAUUCUGGCGGACGAGAUGGGUUUAGGUAAAACUAUACAAACCAUCGCCUUAUUGGCGCACUUAGCUUGUGAAAAGGGGAAUUGGGGACCGCAUCUUAUAAUUGUACCGACCUCCGUGAUGCUCAAUUGGGAAAUGGAAUGCAAAAAGUGGUGUCCCGGAUUUAAGAUACUGACAUAUUAUGGGACGCAAAAAGAGAGGAAACAAAAGAGAACAGGUUGGACGAAACCGAACGCUUUCCACAUAUGCAUUACAUCUUACAAAUUAGUAAUACAGGAUCACCAAAGUUUUAGACGGAAGAAGUGGAAGUAUCUCAUUUUGGAUGAGGCACAGAAUAUUAAGAACUUCAAAUCGCAGAGAUGGCAAUUGCUCUUAAAUUUCCAAACACAACGGAGAUUACUUCUUACCGGCACACCUCUUCAAAACAAUUUAAUGGAACUAUGGUCUUUGAUGCAUUUUCUUAUGCCUAAUGUAUUUCAAUCUCAUCGCGAAUUUAAGGAAUGGUUUAGUAAUCCUGUUACAGGCAUGAUCGAAGGCAAUAGCGAAUACAACGAGAAUAUAAUCCGUCGUCUCCAUAAGGUGUUACGGCCAUUUCUCUUACGACGAUUAAAAACCGAAGUGGAAAAACAAUUGCCAAAAAAAUAUGAACACGUGGUUAUGUGUCGUUUGUCAAAGCGUCAGAGAUUUUUGUAUGACGACUUUAUGUCGAGAGCCAAGACGAAGGAAACACUCGCCAGCGGAAAUCUGUUGAGUGUGAUUAAUGUUUUAAUGCAAUUACGAAAAGUAUGUAACCAUCCGAACUUGUUCGAAGUGCGACCGACCGUUUCCCCGUUUCAAAUGGAGGCAAUCGAAUUUUUAACCGCCUCAUUGGUUUGGAGCGUGUUCGAUUAUGAUCCCUUCAAGCAUAUUCAAUUGUCCAGUCUGAACCUUUUGCUGUUAGAUCUGGAAUUGACGCUCAGUGCAUUUGUUGCACACAGAAUGAAACGAUUGCAAACGCCCAGAAAACUUAUAGAAGAAAUAGAUAACCAGCCAGAACCGACGCCAAGAUGUCCGUCCGGCCGGAUUAAGAUCAAUGUUAGAUUAUCGAAUCAAGCGAAACCACAGUCGUCGAAUACACAACAGCAACACCAACAACAGCAAACGCCGACUAGGUUGAAAAAUCUUGCCGGAGUAUUACCCACGCCAAGAAUGGGUACAUCUCUUUCAAUAAAAUCGUUAAAUACCAGUCAGACUGGUUCGGGACGAGGUGUUACAUUGAGAGUUGCAAGUGGUCAACAAUUGCAAGGAUAUUCCGUGCAACUGGUACCACAUCAGGCAGGCGUGAAAGCUAUUCCCGUGGCAACGCUGGGACAUAAUCCGCAAAAUGCUACCGUGACGUCAACUACGACAGGGACAAACGCGCAAAGAUUCACAGUGGGGAACGCUAGUCUUAGAGAUGGCAUUCAACGACUAACAACGCAGACCGUCACGGUUAAGCAAGGUGAUUCCGUCCAGAGAAUAGCGGUGCCUGGUUUUGCACAGUUGGUUCAAACUUCUACUGGGAGACAUAUUCUUUUGACAUCGAAUCAACAGAAUACUAACACAGUUUCGUUUCCAGUCAUGACCUCCAGUGGUUCGCGUCUCACUGUAUUGUCUAAAUCGUUGAUGGGUUUAUCCACCUCAGCAGCCACAGUGAAUAAGGUCGUCGGCGGUGUGGUGACAACGCCGAGUGGGCGACCCGUUAUGAGAGUACCUCCUCUGAACGUUACCGCCUCGCAAUCACCAUCAGGAAAUAGCCAACAGCAAUCCAGUCAACAACAAUCGCCAUCGAUACGCAGCAUCGUUACCAGACAGGCUCAGAAGGAAACCAGUAAGGCGCAGAGUAAAUCCGAACAGCCCAAAUCCGAAUUUCACUUACCGCAGCUGGAGGAAGAAAGACGGCAGAGAAGGCAGGCCAAAUUGUGCUUCACAGCAGACAUCAAUCAGCGAAGAUGCGCGGCGUGUCCGCUUUAUGGUGAAGAUGUUUUUAUGGCUUUAAGAAUUGGCAAGCCUACAACGGCUUGUCGCUGGCACAACGGUUGGGUGCACUGUACGACGGCUAAGGAAAACAUUCGUACUCGUAAGCAGUUUUUUUCACGGACGGAAGCGCUUGCUGAAGCCAUCAAGAGUACAGAGCAGAUUGUUGAAGAGCUAAAGGAAGUCUUUGAAAGAUUUGUGGUUCACGUACCGGCUGUGCGUGCGCCGACGCCUCGAUUCCAUGUGUCUCAUCCACCACCUCAUAAAUUGUGGGCCGAACGUCAACUACGGAUUGAAUUGCAAAAACAAUUAUCUCCGAAAUUAGCAGUGUUUCAUCCGAUUUCGAGUCUCAUGCUCACGCAAUUCCCUGAUCCCAGACUCAUACAGUAUGAUUGCGGCAAACUACAAUCGUUGGACCGUCUGUUGAGGAAGUUGAAGUCCGAAAAUCAUCGGGUUUUAAUAUUCACGCAAAUGACUAGGAUGUUGGAUGUGCUGGAAGCUUUUCUGAAUUUCCAUGGACACAUAUAUCUACGAUUGGACGGCACCACGAGGGUGGAUCAACGUCAGAUUCUGAUGGAGAGGUUCAACGGUGAUAAGCGAAUCUUUUGCUUUAUUCUGUCAACGAGAUCUGGUGGUGUUGGCGUGAAUCUUACGGGAGCGGACACAGUAAUAUUUUACGACAGCGACUGGAAUCCUACGAUGGACGCUCAAGCGCAGGACAGAUGCCACAGGAUCGGUCAAACGCGGGAUGUACAUAUCUACAGAUUGGUCAGUGAGAAGACUGUAGAAGAGAAUAUUCUAAAGAAGGCGAAUCAGAAGAGGUUGUUAGGCGAUCUCGCGAUUGAAGGCGGAAACUUCACUACGGCAUACUUUAAAAGCUCCACUAUUCAAGAUCUAUUCAACAUCGAUCAAACGGAAAACGAUGCAUCGAUGCGAAUGGCCGAGGUACUGGAACAGAAUCGGGAACGAGAAAAAGCUUGGAACAAGGAACCGGCAGCAGGAUCCUUUCAGGGUAUUUCGAAUCAACACACGGAGGAAAAAGCGGCGAUGGGUGCUCUGGAAAACGCUCUUGCCGCUGCUGAAGAAGAUCUCGAUGUUCAAGCCGCGAAAACCGCGAAAGCGGAAGCUGUUGCCGAUCUUGCCGAAUUCGACGAAAACAUUCCGCUGGAGGACGCCGACAAAGAUGAAACGCAGGUCAGCAAGGCGGAGCAGGAAGUUCAGAAUCUGGUUGCUCAGCUUACUCCAAUCGAGAGGUAUGCCAUGAGGUUUGUCGAGGAAUCUGAGGGCGCGUUUUCUGCGGCACAGCUGGCCGCGGCGGAACGGGAACUUGAGCAGCAGAAGAAAGAGUGGGAGUUGGACCGGCUGCGAGCACUGCGCGAGGAGGAAGAGCGGCGGAUGCGGCUAGCCGACGACGACGAGAAGCCGCUCACGUUUGGCCGCGAGGAUGCGCAGAAUCAGAUUUGGUUAUCGGAACAUACCAUGGAACAAAUGCCGAUGUGGUGCCCACCCACUCCUCCUACAACAGAUGAUGAUGUAUAUAUUGAUUACGCUAUGAGCUUUCUUUAUGAAGAUACACCUAUGACAGAGGCUCAACUACCUCCAAUCUAUGUGAAGAAAGAGCGGAACAGGAGCAGAAUCGAGGCCAAUCUCACCGACGAUGGGUGUCGACCUGUCAAGAUGAUGCGGCAUAAAGAGGAAUCUGUGUACGCGCCGAGAUCCCUCUUCGAUCGACCAUCACCGGCAUUGAUGAAGAUGCGUCGCGAUAUGAAGUCACACAAAUAUCGCACGAUUGUACGCCCACCGGUAACAGUAUUGAAGAACUCCUCGCAUGUCACAAAGAAUUCACCAGAACCGGAUCAUGCGAUAGACUGGUUGAUCUACGAAGAAUGGAGUUUGUUACAUUCCAUUCAAAGCUAUCAAGGUUUACCGUUGAAUACGAUAAUUCUCUCACCGGGUCAUACACCCAACUGGGACAUGGUAGCCGACUGUGUCAACAAUGGCACGCGAUUACACAGGUCGCCCAAGCACUGCAGAGGCAGAUAUGAGUCUGUGAUAAUACCGAGGGAAGAGGGUAAACUGCUAUAUGAUACUCCUCCAAAGAAACAGAAGAAACAGAAGGGAAGCGUUUACAAAACACCGCAAAUCUCCGAGCAACAGAGUAAGAGCAACAGACCGAUGAGGACAUCGCAAUUGCACAAUCAGGACAGGAACAACUCGUUCACAUCAAUGGGCACUCAGAGAUAUGAGACCAUAAAAUCUGUAUCUAAUAAGCGAACACCUACCGUGAAACCGCUCAUGAAUCCGUUAUUGAGGAAUCCCAUCGCGACUGCCUUGGUCGAAUGUGGAAUACAGAUCGACAAUCCGAUGGUGCCAGUGGAUGUUGCUACGCGACGCGCAGAUAGAAUUGCCAAAGAGAAGAUGAAGCACACGGUUAGUAAUGUUUUUACUCCGGAACAGCAACAACAGGUCGCAGCACGGCUCCUACAACAUCAACAGCAACAACAACAAGCCGCUCAACAGCAGCAGCAGCAAUUCAAAUUGCAACAGCAGCAGCAGCAGACUCAACAACAGGCUGGACAACAAGUGGUCACGAACUCUGUUGGAUCACAAAUGCAUCAGUUAUCUCAAGCAAUUUCAAAUGUGAAUAACGCCGGCGCCAUGACUAGCGCUAAGGCCGCCGCGAAUUUAACCAAUGUGGCAACCACUACAGUGGUCACUACGACGGUGAAAGCUCGAUCUGGUGGAAGCGGGCAAGUAAUCAUACAAGAUGCAAGAACAGCAUCGGCGAAUGCUGCGAGUUUGCAACAAGCUGCUCAACGAAUUGCAACAGGCGGUUUGCCAUCCACUGGUCAAGUUUCCACUAACGCAGCGGGUAGUCAAAAAACAGGUUUGGUAGGCGUCACAAUGGCUACAACGGGAAAUAAGGCAACAGCGGCGCAGUUGUAUUAUAGACAGCAACAAGUACUGUUGCGCCAACAACAACUCAACAAGGUAUUACAAACGCAAACUGGUCAAAAGUUAUCCGUUGCGAUACCAACCACGGCAACGGCGGCAGUGCAACAGCAGCAGCAGCGGGCGGCGACAGCGGCCAAUUUGAUGAAGCAGGGUAUCCCCACAGUGGGCACUGCAGCAGCGCAAACCGGUGUAAGCAAACAAAUGGCCAGGCCAGUGUCCGAGACGGAAAUGGCGUUGAUCAAGCGACAGGCACUACAUCAGGCAAAGACUGCGGCCGCGGCAGCUGGGCAGAUGCCUCCAACAGGACUUACACCGGCGCAGAUUUUUGCCCAAGCCGGUCUGCAGGUACAACAGAUGGGUACUUCUGCGAGUGGUACUCCGGUGGCGACUCUCGUCAAAACAGCCAACGUGACGGGUGUUCGUACCGGGACGCCCCAACAGAUUCGUCAGCUUGCGCUUCAUCCACAGAUUCUCGCUCAAAGAAAACUUGCAGGGCAGAAAGUCGCUGCGCAGCUCGGUAAGGGAGGUAUGCAGACGCAAUUGAUCGUGCAAUCACCAAAAUCGCUACCUGUGUCAAUGCAGCAAAUCCAACAAGUGAUAAAGCAGGUGCAACCUCCGGCAGUACAACAAUUUCCUCAUGUUUCGACGGGACAAACAGCGUCUCAAGCUAAUCCGAUAGUAUUGACUAAGUCGCAGCUGCCGACCCGCGUGAUACCAGUCGCAUCCGGAUCCUUAAAACAGACAAUACAGGUGGUAACUGCUAAUAAUGCGCAGUUGCGACAGGCUAUGCCUAUUCAAGGAAAACCGAUUGCCAGUGCGGUAAGACGAAGUCCUGGUCCAGGUUCCAGCCCAUGUCCAGGCCCAGGUGCCGCUACUGCCAGCUCUACCACCGGUGCGAGUGCUAGUCCUGGCGUAGGUGUCGCCUCUUCAUCCGCCGUCCCAAGUCUGACUUCUUCGCCCGGUCUUAGUCAAGUGAGAUUGCAAACCAUAACGCAUUCGCAACAAAUGCAGAAACAGCAGACACAGCAGCAGCAACAGUCUCAACAGGAGACGCUACCAAAAUAGCUUUGUACGAUCGGACGACAAUCCUUUAAAUUGAAUUGGGAAAUUCAGAAAGUAUAUUGGUGUGUGUUUCGCACGUAUCAAGAAAUUUUGCAGAUAUUUGUGUUAAAGAGUUAUCUUAAAACCUUUUUGCUUAGAAUAUACAUAGAAAAAACAAUUAGGUAUAUUAAAACAAUUAGGAAAUAUUUUGCGAUAUCACGUGUGGUUAUUAACAAAAAGAAAAAUAGUAAAUAAAAGUUUAAUAUUAAUAUUAAAUAAUAUUAAAUAUUAAUUAAAAGUUCUAAAUAAAAUAUUUUUCAGUUUACCAAUAGAAGCGAAGAUUCAAAUAUACUAAUACUCUAUAAUAGGCAAAGUAAAAAAUAUUAGUUUGCCAAGAAUAAAAUAUUUGAAUAAUUUGGAUUGAUUAUUAAGAGAUAGAAAAAAAUAUAUAAAUGUUAUUUUUUUAAAAUAAAUAUUAAUCUAGAUAUAUAUUAAGUUUCUGACUUUCUCGAUUCAAUUAAACAUUGAACAGUUUCGAGUUUUUCUUUUUUUUCAAUGUUAUUAUAAUUUUAAUAUAGAUGGGAAUAUGAAGUUUGAUAAUGAUAGUAACAUACAUACAAUUUAAAGCAUUCCAAGAUUUGCUGCAAACAACCAUAUUUUGAUUACAUUUUGUGCCACAAUGCAAAAAAUAUACUAUAAAUGGGAUGAGAAAAUCAGCUUAUAUUCAUACAUCAUUUUAACGUCGCUAUUUUAAUUUUGCCUUUGUAAAGAAUUAAUAAUUAAAAUUUUUAGGGUUUUUUUUUAUAAUACUUUAAAACAAUGGCAAAAUAGAUAAAUACUGAACGAUGUUCAGUGCUGCAGAGCGUGAAAAAACUGAUUUAAACAAAAGAUCAAAUAAUUGCUUCAAAGAAAAGUGUUCAUCAAUUUCCAGCAAUGUUGAAUUAUUAUUACCCCACUCGGUGUGUACCUUUCUAAUACUUUCUGACAUAUUGCUGCAAUAUUUCAUACAUUGCAGCAAUGUAUCAGAAAUGUUAUAUGCUGAAUGGAACGUUACGAAAUUAUAGAGUGCCUAUUAUUUUAAAUUUAGAAGCACGUCGAUACGAUCCAAAUGCUUAUGAUAAUGAGUCAACUGAAUGUUACUAAAUCAAACUAUCACAUUUACAUAUUUUGGAACUUUACUUAUUAUGACACAAAUGUGUCUAUGUCGCGAAGAUGAAAACAUAAGGUUCUUUUACUUUGUUAAAAAUUGUGUUUAUUGUCAUAAAAGGAAGUUUUUUGGAAUUGUGAGCGAAAAGCAUAAAGCGACGAGUAAAUACAGCGAGAAAUAUUAUUUACGAGGUUAAGAAUUUAAAUAAUCUUAAUUUUUAUAGCAAAAAAAUUUUAUGGAGAGAUUUAAAGAGUGAAUCAUCUAAUUUUAAACAAUUGUUUUUGACAAUUAUCUUUGUGAACAAAACUUAUUAACGAGAUCUUAAUUUCUCUUCAAGUAUUCUUAUAUGAAAUUGAAGUUGUUAAGAUUCUGCUUGUUGCCAAUUACCUAUAAUCCGCUGGCGGAAUCCAUUCAAUUUCUGUUCUGUAGGAAACGUUAUAAAAACUGUUUUACAUUAUCGAAUUAGAUGAUUCACUCUGUCUAUUAAAUACUCUCGAUGUAAAAUAUUUAAAAAUUCGAUAUUGUAUAUAUUUUAUAGAAGAUAAUGUUUGUGUGGCACAUUCUCUUUCUCUCUCCUACAUAUAUUCUCUAACAGAUUAUAGCGAAGAAAAAUACUUAAUAUAUCAUCGACAAAAUUAUACGAAACAAUUAAUCCAAGCAAUUUUCAAGAGAUAUUUAAAAAUUAUCUAAGGAGAAAUCAGUCAGAAAAUUAAGAUGUCUCUUAGAUGCUUAAAAAAGCUUGAAAAAUUGAGCAUUUUCUAUACAAAAUUCGAAAAGAUUAGAAUCUUUUGCAAUAUUUAAAAAGAUUUAAAAAAAACUAAAAUGUUCUUAAAUGUCCCAAAACGUUCAAACAUAAAAAAGCUUCUUUUUAAACUUUUAUCUAAAAAACAUUUAUUCCUUAUAUUUGAGGAGCGCUUUUUUAUUUAGAUGAGAUCUAAGAAAUUAAAAUGUUAUUUGGACGUUUUUUGGAGAAAAACUUACGAAAUUGUAUCUCUGUAUUUAUGGUUGCAUAGGAUUUAGCGAAGUUACUCUGAGAAUGCGAUGUUUAUACUAGAAUCGUUAUAAAUAAAGUUGCACGCGAUACGAUACAGGGUUUCCAUUUCGUUUAUGUACAGUGCAAGCCAUUUUAAAUAUAAACAUAUGAACGUCCUCAAAAGAAAAAUUUGCGAUGUUUGAUUACAUGAUCAAACAUGUAAUGAGGCAGAAGAGGAGUAACUCUUCUCCCCCCCCCCCAAAAAAAAAAGUUUUAUAUCUUAUAAAAAAAAACAA